UCUCCUCAUUUCCUUUCACUCUCUUCCUCAAACCUUCCUUCCAGAAAGAUCACCUUAAACCCUAACAAUGGCGAUCAAACCUACCAAAGCCGAGAAGAAGCAGAAUUACGAUGCUAAGCUCUGCCAACUCAUCGACGAAUUCACCCAAAUCCUUGUUGUUAACGCCGACAAUGUCGGAUCCAACCAGCUCCAGAACAUUCGUAGCGGUCUCCGUGGUGACUCCGUGGUUCUCAUGGGGAAGAACACCAUGAUGAAACGUUCCGUUCGUAUCCAUGCUGAGAAAACCGGAAACAACGCAUUUCUCAACCUCAUUCCCCUUCUUGUCGGAAAUGUUGGUUUGAUUUUCACAAAAGGUGACUUGAAGGAAGUUAGCGAAGAGGUUGCGAAGUACAAGGUUGGAGCUCCCGCUCGUGUUGGUUUGGUUGCUCCAAUUGAUGUCGUUGUGCCUCCAGGCAACACAGGGCUCGACCCCUCUCAGACUUCUUUCUUCCAGGUGCUUAACAUUCCAACCAAGAUUAACAAGGGUACUGUGGAAAUCAUUACCCCUGUGGAACUCAUUAAGAAGGGAGACAAGGUUGGAUCUUCCGAAGCUGCCUUGCUUUCCAAGUUAGGCAUAAGGCCCUUUUCCUAUGGUCUUGUGGUUCUUCAUGUUUAUGAUAACGGUUCAGUUUUUAGCCCCGAGGUUCUUGACCUCACCGAUGAUGACCUUGUUGCGAAGUUUGCUGUUGGGGUCUCAAUGGUUACUUCACUCUCUUUGGCUAUCUCGUACCCAACACUUGCAGCUGCUCCUCAUAUGUUUCUCAAUGCCUACAAGAACGUUCUAGCUGUUGCAGUUGCUACAGAAUAUUCUUUCCCCGAGGCAGACGAGGUUAAAGAGUACCUAAAGGACCCAAGUAAGUUCGCUGUAGCUGCAGUUGCUGCACCAGCUGCUGCUUCCGGUGCUGCCCCUGCUGCCUCCAAGGAGGAGGCAAAGAAGGAAGAGCCGGAAGAAGAAUCCGAUGAAGAACUAGGUUUCGGUCUGUUUGAUGAAUAAAUACUUCAAUUUUGCUAUUAGUGGAGUUAAAUUUUGCUUUGUUAGUUUAGAUGAAAUCAAUACUUGAUUCAGUCUAGGGGGCUAGCUAUUUUUUAGUUUUCAUAUCAUAUUUCAACUCUACCAAAAAUUUGUCUUAAUUUUUUAUUGUCUAAUAACUUACAAACCUUUUAUGGUUGUAAAUUGUAUUUGGAAAGCAAAUUGCUGCCAUUACUGUU